UUUUCCUUUUUAUUUUUUGUCCCUUUGGCGUUACGAAGUCGGGAGCAGGAGGGCAGAGGCUUACGAGGCAUGAUCUGGUAGCUUCGUUUUUCGGUUCUGGAACACGCACGUUCUCCUCCAUCAUCAUCAUCAUCAUCAUCACCAUCACCCUCGUGCGCCUUCGCUUGCAAGCUCGAGGAUCAGAGCUCGAAAGUCCACGAGUUUUGCUUCUUCUUUCAGCUUUGUUGGAGGGAGGAAAAAUAAGAACCGGCGUACGGGGGGGAGUUCUCGGGUAUUCAUCAGGAGGGCAAUGUAUCCGAAGGUGAAGGUGAAGGUGAGAGACGAUUCUGGAGAUCGCGAUGAUGUCAAGCGCGACGUUCCCAAGAGUCCGUUGCUGGGACUGAAAGCUCUCGACUAUCUCUCUCUGCACGAUUUCGACUCUCCUGUGCAGGAGCAUCAAGUUUUUCGACCCCGCACAGCAAGGGUCCAAAAGAGUUCCAUGGAAAAUGCUCUGAGAUAUCCUGUAUCUGAAGUGGCAGGGAAGAGUGAAUCAACAUCUGACGAAGACUCUAAACUAAAUAUCAGAGCCAGCACAGUGCCUCGUCCACGUGCAGUGUUAUCUAGUCCUGAUAAUGAUGUGAUGAUAGGGAAAAAGAACAAAAGAAUUGUAGAGCGGCCUUCAGCUUUGAAGAAUAAGAACCCCUCCAAUUGAGAAAUGGUCAGCCUAAGGAUAUCUCGAAAGAAGCUGUCUAUUAUGAGCCUAAGAGCACAAGAAAACCCAAGGAGACCACUGAUGAUAAGAUCCUGUCCAGGCGGAUAAAGGAGCCGGCUAACAGAGUUGUUGCUGCGAGCCAGAGAACACUCCCUCAAACCAGAAAACCAAGCUUUGUGUGAAUUUGAUUUGCCAGGGAUCUGAGACAUAUUCAAAGCAAGCAGUUUUGCUGUUUCUGUGGCGGUGCUCGUUCAAAUAUAGGCUGUCUAUACCUGUGAUGGUUUUGAAAAAUCCAAUCACUUUCAAUCUAGCUAGACUAAGGCUUCUAGGCUAAGCUUACAUAUACAUAUAUGAAGAAAGUGUUAACUGUUAACAGAGUUGCAGACUUUUCAUAUUUAGCCCCGUUUCUUGUCUCUUACCUUUGUAUAUAGGUAAUACUGGUUGAGCUGUGCAAUUUUGGCGGUUGUAAACAUCAACGAUGAUCCUUUUGCGAAGAAAUCCACCUUUUUUUUGUCUCUAA